GUGGGUAUCCUUCCGCGCCUGGGGCCCCGCGAUUAGAGUUUGACGGGUCCCGUCUGGUCGUUCCUAAAUCUCGUUUUUCAGUCGCUCACCGCUGCAAAUGUUCUUUUGCGUUAACAAACAUUCAUGAAAUCAAUUCCGAUUCCAAUUACAGCCUAACCGUCCCCUCGCUCGAACCCAACCCCCAACCCCAGACUCCGUCGCAAUGGGGACCAGCGACAUCCCCCCUCCGGGCGUCCCCGACUACGUGAUUCCCGUGUCGGGCCACAUGCUCUCGGUGGCCGGCACCCUCUGGACGGUGAGCUACCUGCUUUACGCGCGAGAGUCGCUCCGGUCCAAGUCGUACGGAAUGCCCAUCGCCGCUCUCGCCAUCAACUUUGGCUGGGAGGUCGUCAACGCCUUCUACGUCGCCGAGGCCCCGCUGGAGCGCGCCGUCAUCACUAUCUGGUGCCUCAUCGACCUGGGCCUCUUCUACGGCGUCGUACGACACGGCCCUCGCGAGUGGGACCGCGGGGCCGGUGGCCGCCGCACCACCUGGGUAUCGCGCAACCUUGUCGGCGUGUUUGGCCUCAUGGUCGUAUUGUCGGUGUGGGCCAACUGGGCAUUCGCCCAUUGGUGGAUUGAGAACGAGGUCGUGCGCCGGGAGGGCAAAUUCUACGGCGGUAAAUUGGUCGCCGACACAACAGAGAUGGGAUAUUGGACCGCGUGCUUUGCUCAGGUGUUCCUCUCCGCCGCCAGCCUCGCACAGCUGCUGGUACGCGAGCAUUCGGGAGGUGUAAGCUGGGCCAUAUGGGCCACCCGCUUUACCGGUUCGGUAAUUGGACUAUGGGGAGCGUACCUCUGGCUUUGGUUCCACUGGCCAGAGGGACAUCCCUAUGUCACAUCCGAGAUUUCCAUAUUCUUCAUGGCUGUCUCCUGCGCAUGUGAUGCCGCAUACGCACCUGUUUUGUGGUCCGUCCAGCGGACUGAGAAGGUCAUGCCCGACGGCUCCAAGGUAUCUGGGAGCUACGUCGAGCCGGACAAGCAGAGCAAGGCUUUGUAGAGGACGAUGGGACCACGGCAAAAAGACGUAGGCAGAGUGAGGCUAGGUGCAGCAGCCGGGUCGAGCCGUUAGUGGGAGGUUGUGCGCUUGGGAGGGGGCAUGUGUAAUCUCACUUGCAAUUAUCCCGCUUGCCCUCCCCACCUUGUCGAUUCUGGGGCAAGGAGCCGGGGCUAUAUGCCGAGGAAGCCUCAGCGGUCGGCGAGGUUGCAGGGGGCUUGAUCGCAAUCUGCUAGGUUGGAUCCCAUCCGUGCUCCACCUCGCAAGACGUGCGGCGCUAGACUGAUCUCGGGUAAGCCCCUCAGUCUCCUCAUGCCUAGUUACAGUGGAGGACAAAAAUACCGCUCGCUACCCAUUUUAAACGCUACCACUUUAAAACGCUAUAACUUUACCCCCAAUGCAUGCAUUAAAGUAGGG